AUGUCAAAAUCAAAGAUUUCUCUAAGUAAAGCUUGCGAAAUGAUUUUAGAAGAAAGUGAGGAAGAUUAUGUUGCAUCAGAUGAUGAUAAUGAAAUCGAUUGUGUUGAAGAAAACGAAGUUAGUACUAGUGAAAGCGAAAAUGACGUGAAAUCUGAUUUGAUGGCUAAUACUAUUACGCAUGAGGAAACGUAUUUAUCAAAAAAUAAAGAAAUUGUGUGGCAUAGUACACCAGAAACAAAUACACAAGGUCGUGCCAAAAGUUUCAAUAUUGUAAAAGGAAGUCCAGGAUUCAGCAAUUAUGCAAAAAAUAACGUUGAUUCAAUAUCUUCUUCUUUUUUGAUUUAUUUCAGAUCUAGUUUGUUGGAACAAAUAUGUCAUUUCACAAAUCAAGAAGGACAACUGGUGCUGAAAGAUGAAAAAUUUCUUGUUUUUGUAUAUUUUGCUUAUUUGGAGAUUGCUAUAUUUAGAAACACAACAUAA